UAUUACGGUGGCGCUGUCGAGUGUGGCCGUUCAGAGCCUAGCGCGCAGCCUCUAAGUUGACAGGUUGGCUGGGUUUCUCCCGCUCAACGCCGCUGCAAACUUGUAACUAGCCAACAGCCAAAAUGUCUGACGACGAAUCAGCAUAUUCGGAUGCCGAAGUUGAGGAGACCACCGCCGCCCCGGAGCCAGCGGAAGAGCACCACGAUUACGGUGGUGGUGCGGGCAGCGGCCGCGAAGAUUAUCGCUCUGAUAGGGAGGACGACGAGAGGAAGAAGAAGGCCGAUGAGGGGGCCAACUUCCUCAAGAACCGACAGCAGAUGAAGAUGUCGGAGCUGGACGAGCAGCUCGCUGAAUACAUUGCUAUUAAAUAUCGUUUCCAGGUUAGACAAUAAUUAAAUAAAUUAAAAAUGGAAUCCGUUUCUAUCCUCCGAGCUGAAGAGGAGAAGAAACUGUCGGAACAGAAGCGCGCUGAGGAGGAGAGGAAGCAGCGUGAAGAGUCCGACAGGAAAGCCAGAGAACAAGAAGAGAAAAGGAAGCGCCUCGAGGAGGUCGAGAAGAAACGUCAGGCCAUGAUGAAGCCCUCGGACGGUGUGAAGAAGUUCGGCUCCAAGGGCGGCGAUAAGCUGUCAAACAUCCAGGCCGCUAAGGGAGAGCUCGGCAAGACUCGCGAGCAGUUGGCCGAAGAGAAGAAGAUCGCCAUGAGCAUACGCGUCCAGCCCCUCAACCUGGACGGUCUGCAGCCGUCGCAGCUCAGGACCAAGGCCGAACAGAUGUGGAAUCUUAUCGUGAAACUCGAGACUGAAAAAUACGACAUGGAGGAGAGGAUGAAACGCCAGGACUAUGACCUCAAGGAACUUCGUGAACGACAAAAACAGCAGCUGAGACAAAAGGCUUUGAAGAAGGGUCUCGACCCAGAAGCUCUCACCGGCAAGCACCCUCCCAAGAUCCAGACCGCCUCCAAAUUUGAGAGGCGAACAGACCGUAGGACUUACGACGAUAAGAAGAAACUUUUCGAAGGCGGAUGGGACAGCGUUCGCAAGGAAGAAAUUGAGAAGCUGUGGAAGGAACACUACGAAGAGUUCAUGGCCCGCACUAUCACUCGGCUGCCUAAAUGGUUCGGCGAGCGCCCCGGCAAAAAGGGUGACAAGGGCGCCGAUACUCCUGAAGAGGGUGAAGAGGGAGAGGCUGAGCUGCCCCCUCCACCACCUCCUCCAGCUGAAGAGCCCGAAGAAGAAGAGGAAGAGGAAGAAGAGGAAGAAGAGGAGGAGGAAGAGGAGGAGGAGGAAGAGGAAGAAGAAUAAAUCAUUCUACCGCAGUUACUCUGGAUCCUCAACAUACGAUAAGUUCUGCGACUUCCAACUUCGCUCGUACCUG